AUGUCUCGACGUCCGACCCCUGGGCAAGCUGCUCAAAAUUCACAGACCAUCAAGGGUUUGUUGAAACUGGAGCACAACAAAGUAUGUGCCGAUUGUAAACGGAACAAGCACCCGCGAUGGGCUUCCUGGAACCUAGGUGUCUUCGUCUGUAUCCGUUGCUCGGGAAUUCACAGGGGCAUGGGCACGCAUAUCAGCCGAGUCAAGUCCGUGGAUCUCGAUGCAUGGACCGAUGAACAACUUCAAAGUGUCGUCAGGUGGGGUAAUUCAAGGGCAAACAAGUAUUGGGAGGCCAAAUUGGCACCUGGUCAUGCCCCCUCAGAGUCGAAAAUCGAAAACUUCAUCCGGACCAAGUACGAAAGCAAGCGGUGGGUAAUGGAUGGUGGGUUGCCAGAUCCAUCUACCUUAGAUGAUGGUGAUGACGACGUUCCUCUCGCUGUUGUACAGGAGAAAGCCAAGAUCGAGCGUUCCUCUUCUCAGCGCAUCGCUCCCCCCGCUCCCGCCAACCAAGCCCCGGUACACCGGCAACAGGCCUCAAUUGAUCUGUUCGGCGACGACAUCUCCCCUCCGGCCCGCCCUAGCACAACUGAUCCUACUCUACGCGCGCCGCCCAGACAAGCACAGCCUGCGCCUGUCAAGACUCACAAGCCUAAUGAUUCACUUUUGGGACUCGACUUCUUCGGCAGCACUCAGCCCGCUGCUGCCAGUCGCCCGAGUAGCACGGCAUCAACCCCAGCGGCACCCACCGGAAUGUCUCGCCCUGACCUGAAGCAAUCAAUUCUGUCAUUGUACUCAAAGCCGCAACCUGCACCUCCUGCGCAACACCAGCGGGGCAACUCAUUCGGCGACAUGGCCUCCCCCGCUCCUCCUUCGGCUUCAUCGAACAUGGGCGGUCUGACGGAUGCCUUUAGUGGAUUGAGCUUCCCUUCCACCACCUCCCCUCCUCCAGCUAGGCCCGCCGAGAAGCCCUCGGCAUUCUCCAACCUCGCAUCCUUCGGUGCUGCCAAGUCCACGCCCGCGGCUCCAAAGGUCACAUCGCCCUCAGGGUCUGCCAGUGGCGACUUAUUCGAUAGCUUCGCCUCUCCCACCAUGUCCGCCCCUAAACCCCAGUCCCGCACUACGUCCGUGUCCUCGGCUGGGCAAGACUUUGGAUUCGGAGGAUUCACUUCCCCGACUGCUAAGCCGAACCCCCCUUCUUCAUCGCUUUCAAAUGAUUUGUUCGGACUAUCUUCGCCCCCUCUCGCAUCUAAAUCCACUGUCUCGCCUCCCAAGUCUACCGCGACUUCUCCUCAGCAAGAAAUGAAUUCCGCAUUCAACAUUUCAGCCCCUCCAAUCCAGCCUGCUGCUCCCAGAGCACCAGCUCCCAGCGCCGCGACUGCCGCUGCGGCUAGCAUGAUGUCUGGAAGUCUCGACCCAUGGGGUGGAAAUGCAUGGAGCACACCUGACCGUGCGCCUUCGCCCGUUGCCCCUGCCCCUGCCCCUUCAGCUGCGUCUAUGAUGAAGGUUCCUGAUACUCUGACUCCUAACGAUCUGGGUAACGGCUGGGGUGCGCCGACUCCUGCUCCCAAGCCGGCAGCCACCGUUGCAGCUGAUGAGGACUUUGGUGGCUGGGCCAGUGCUGCCCCGGUUUCCAACCCCACUCCUACUACCAACACCAGCAAGCCGGCUGGUGGAUUCGGUGGAUCUGACGACCUCUUCUCUAACGUUUGGGAGUAA